CUUCCCGGAGUUUGAGACAGGGCCUGCGGCGAUCAUGUUUCUUUCCCCUUGAGAUUUCCUAAAAUGUGUGAGUGGGGUUUUUUUUUUUGUUUUUUUGUUUUUUUUCAAAAGUACACCAAAAGAAUCACACAGGUAAGUUCAUUUCAAAAUGCAGACAGACCACCUUGCUACAGAUGUAAAACUGGGAUGGUGUCCCGCCUGGGGCUCCGGCCGUGUGUCUCACUCGGAGGACCAGAAUCCUGGGGUGGGUUUCUAGCACAGCCUCUCCCGCGCUUGGACUCUUGGGCGAGUGUUGCGAAUUGAAAGGGAAAGCACCUUGAGUAAUGAAAACGCGUCACUGGCACGUGCUAAACAUUGGAUCUUUUUUCCUAAGUCAAAGCAGUUUUAUUAAAAAAAAAAAAAAAAAAAAAAGAUUAUUACAGGUUUGCGUACUACAUAGGUACUAAGAAAUUCAUUCACUAAUUUCUCUUCAUGCCCGACGGCACCGGUUCGUGAAUGGACAUACCGUGUGGCUCCCGGGUCUGAAGAUCCCAGGAAGGAUAGAGAAACCUUGUGUCGUGCAGAAUUGCAGUACACUUGGUGGGGUCUGCCUGAAUGAGGACAUGUGCUUUUCUGUCCUUUCAUUUGGUAAGACAGUACCUCCUAAGGACAGUAGCUUCUUUACUUGGCUCUCGUAUGAGCUGGGCAUUCUUUACACGCGCUAUCUUGUUAAUGGCCACACAGCCACAGGGUUAAUGAUUACCCCAUCUUGUGGGAGGCGACUCAGAGAAGUUGAAUAAACCUCCCAAGGUCAUGCAGCCGGUAAGUGGUGAAACUCUGAUUGGAGUGCAGGUCUCCACCCCUCCUCACCACCCUGCACGCCCCCAAAUGCUGUGAGUGUUUGUAAAUUCUUCCGCAGGAGUCAGCGGUGGGAGACAUCGGUGCCCGUGGCGGUAAGGCCAAGUAGAAUGGCUCUUCGUACGAACUGAGUGCCAGGAAAUCCACAUCAUGAGUAUGUUUCAGAACGUGCUGAGAACUCUGGGCUGAGCAACGUGCAAGGGGAAAGGAACGAGAUUCUGGGCUGUCAUUUGCUUUGCUGGGAUGUGGAAUUUCUUUUGACAGGUUGAAUCAGGAGACAUGGCCAAACACAGCCUCUCCACACUAGAGGCAUUCCUGAUUUUCCUCCUCGUGAUGAUGACUGCUGUGACGGUAGCCCUCCUCAGCCUCUUGUUUAUUACCAGUGGGACCAUUGAAAAUCAUAAAGAUUCAGGCGUUCCGGUCACCCAGAGCCCCCCAACCACGCCGGGCUCCACGGCCACUCAAGGCUCGACGCUCACACAUGGCUCCACAGCCACCCAGGGACCUCCGGUGACCACCACCCCAGAGCCUCCUCUAUUUCAGAACUUCAGUGGCUACCAUAUUGGUGUUGGGCGAGCUGACUGCACAGGACAAGUAGCAGAUAUCAGUUUGAUGGGCUACAGCAAAACUGGCCAGAAUGCACGGGGCAUCCUCACCAGACUGUACAGCCGUGCUUUCAUCAUGGCGGAACCAGAUGGGUCUAAUCGAGUGGCGUUUGUCAGCAUCGACAUAGGCAUGGUAUCCCAACGACUCAGGCUAGAGGUCCUGAACAGACUGCAGAGUAAAUAUGGCUCCCUGUACAGACAAGACAACGUCAUCCUGAGUGGCACUCACACACACUCGGGGCCAGGAGGGUAUUUCCAGUAUACUGUGUUUGUAAUCGCCAGUGAAGGAUUUAGCAAUCGCACCUUUGAGUACAUGGUCACUGGCAUCGUGAAGAGCAUUGAGAUGGCGCACAAAAAUAUGAAACCAGGCAAAAUCUUUAUCAACAAAGGAAACGUGGAAGGUGUACAGAUCAACCGAAGCCCCUCUUCUUACCUUUGGAAUCCUCCGUCAGAGCGAGCCAGGUAUUCUUCAAAUACUGACAAAGAAAUGAUCAUCCUAAAAAUGGUAGAUUUGAAUGGAGUUGACCUGGGCCUUAUCAGCUGGUUUGCCAUCCACCCCGUCAGCAUGAACAAUACCAAUCACCUUGUCAAUAGUGACAACAUGGGCUAUGCAUCUUACCUUUUUGAGCAAGAGAAGAACAAAGGAUAUCUACCUGGACAGGGACCCUAUGUAGCAGCCUUUGCUUCAUCAAACCUCGGAGAUGUGUCCCCCAAUAUUCUGGGCCCGCAUUGUGUCAACACAGGAGACUCUUGUGAUAACGCCAAUAGCUCUUGUCCCAUCGGUGGGUCUAGCACGUGCAUCGCUAUGGGACCCGGACACGACAUGUUCAACAGCACUCAGAUUAUCGGAGGGAUCAUAUACCAGAGAGCAAAGGAACUGUAUGCCUCGGCCUCCCAGGAGCUGACGGGACCGCUGGCCGCGGCCCAUCAGUGGGUGAAUAUGUCCAACGUCACCGUCUGGCUCAACUCCACCCACACAGCCCAAACCUGUAAACCUGCCCUGGGCUACAGUUUCGCGGCCGGCACAAUCGACGGGUUCGGGAGCCUCAACUUCACGCAGGGGACAACAGUAGGGGAUCCAUUCUGGGACACUCUUCGGGAUCAACUCCUGGGCAAGCCAUCUGAAGAAAUCAAAAGGUGUCAUAAACCAAAGCCAAUCCUUCUUCACACUGGAGAGCUGACAAAACCGCAUCCGUGGCACCCAGACAUCGUUGAUGUUCAGAUGAUCACCGUUGGGUCCUUGGCCAUAAUUGCCAUCCCUGGGGAAUUUACGACCAUGUCUGGACGAAGACUUCGGGAGGCCGUUCAAGCAGAAUUUGCAACCUAUGGGAUGCAGAACACGACCGCCGUCAUUUCAGGCCUGUGCAACGUGUAUACACAUUACAUUACCACCUUUGAAGAAUACCAGGGAGAAGUUGCCGAAGUGAUAUUUGUAGGCGCUAACCCAAAGAAUUCAGCAGAAAACCAGACCCAUCAGACCUUCCUCACUGUCGAGAAAUACGAGGCCACAUCAGCAACAUGGCGGAUAGUACAUAACGACGCCUCCUGGGAGACACGUUUCUAUUGGCACAAGGGAUUGCUGGGUCACAGCAAUGCGACGAUACAAUGGCAUAUUCCAGGUACUGCCCAGCCUGGAAUCUACAGAAUGAGAUACUUCGGACACCAUCGGAAACAGGACUUUCUCAAGCCGGCCGUCAUACUUCCAUUUGAAAGCACUUCCUCCGCCUUUGAAGUUGUAACUAGUUAAUGAAAAGUUGACGAAUAAUUUAACGCGUGGCUGUCCUCCCUAAUUUAUAAAAAUGAUUUCACACGAAUGUAAACAAUUGGGAUGACUUCUAUAAUUGUCCCUGUUUGAGGACAGAUAGUUUCCUGUGAAUGGGACAGAGGUGUGUGUGUGUGUGAGUGUGUGUGUGUGUGUGUGUGUGUGUGUGUGUGACUGGUGGUCUAGAGCCUAACACAUGAUUUUCCUCGGGGCCUUGCAACUGUUUGAAGGGACAGUUCCCCUUGAUAUAAAACCUCUGAAAAGUUAGUAAGAGUGGCUGAAGAUGUGUGAACAGCGGUUCAAGUAUUUAUUUAUAGAAUUAUUGAGUAUUAGGCUGGGAAAGUUUAAAGAGCUCAUGUAGUUGGAGUCUUCAUUUUGCAGAUGGGAAUGAUGAAGUUUCAUGGAUUUAAGAUUCACAAAGGCUACAGGACCUCUCCCCCCAUCACACUUUAAAAAAAUGGUAUUUAAACAUCGACCAUAAAUGUAUAAAUCCAAUUAGAGGCAAUUGGUGUGGAAAUGAGCAUGUCAGCUUUUCUCGAUUUAGCAUAGCCUCUCAAAGUGAUUACCCUGGACUUGAUGUACCUGGUCCAGAGUUGUUGAUAUUGUUAAAUUAUUUCUGGCCUUCAGAGGCCAAGUACAGGAAAGUCAGACUUAGAAUAUUUUGAUCAUGCCCUGUGUUUCCCUAAGUGCCCUUAUCCCUCUGAAUUGUGUCUCCUCUCCUCAAGACUGGUUCUAAGUGAGUUUCACUAAUCAAAUUCAUCCCCAAAACCUAAGACUUGCCGUUGGUGUAGAUAUCAAAACAAAAGUGUUAGUGGAUUGGAAGUCAGUCCUCAAAGAGCAAGAUCUAAAAUUCAUUUAUCUGUUCUUUUAUCGCUCACUUACUCGUGGACCCAUUCAAUCACACAGUAUUUAUUAACACCUACAUACCCAGUAUUGUACUAGUGUUGGGCCUUGAUAAUUAGUUAUCAUAUUUGAGAUGAAUGUGUAAGUGUCAAAAGGGGACCGUUGGUGAAGAAGAAAAUACUCAACUGAGGAUAUCAGUUUUGGAAGGCAUUUAAAAAGCAGUCGUCUUCAAGUCCUAUCUCACGUGUAAUCUGUGUUGGGUGCUCGAAUUUUGGGGGAAAGAAGCUCCAGACAAUUUGGACAAAGUUGUUUCAAAAGUAAUUUGAGGGCCUUAUGAAAUUCCCAGUCCAACGUCCCGAAGAAUGAGAUAGGACAAUCUGACAUUGAUUGCCUGAAAGUACCAAUUCCAUUUAAAAUUAUCCAAGUUAACUGGAGCUAGCUCCCAGUCUACAAAGGAAAUUUCCCAAACCCAAAUCAUGCUUUUGUAUGAAUGGCAGAGCUUUAGCAUUUUAGGGAAAAAUCAACCUUAAUUUCAAAAACAAACUCUACAGCUUGAAAAUAGUAAUGAUGCUAAUCACGAUGAGACUGACAUUCAUCUAGCUGUGACUCAACAUGCCGUAUUGCAUUGGAACAAACCCGGAACGCUUUUUGAUGACCCAGGGCUCUGGUUCUAUGCGAGUUCACGGCUGGAGAAUUAGCUCAUCAGGAUUCCAAAGGGUAGCGAUCAUUUUUCCUAAUGACCCGCACUGUUUGCUAUCACAGUUCAGAGUCUUCCCAAGAGCAAGGAAUUCUGAAAGUAGUUGACCUUAGAUAAAUUAUAUCAGAACUGAUGAUAAAAUUGUUCUCAUGACUCAGAAGCGUACUGAAUUUUUUCCCACUACCUCCAUGCCUCCCACUGCAACUUUCCUCAGUGGACCUGUGAGUCCCUGUCGUUCACUUGGACCUGUGCCAAGCCAGACACUGCAUUGCCUCGUACUGAUGCUUCUGCACCAGCCCUCUGUCCACCAGGACUCCUGCCCCCAAAGAACCCGCAGAAACCUGUCUGCACGCCCGCUGCCCUCUCUUCCAAUCCAAUUCCAUUUUCUGCAUUUUGUAUGUAAAAAUAAGACCAGAUCCUGCCGCUGUAGAAACCAUAGCUAUUCACUCGUGCGUAAAAAGAACACCACAAAAGAGGCAGUGAUCUGUUAACAUACAAAUCUAGAUCCAGGCUGUGUCAUUGGAUCCAGACUGUGGGGAGAAAGCCCCUGAAAUUGGCGGCGAAUAUGGGGAAAAGGGGGCUGCUUGGGGGGGAGAACGCUUCUGCAGAAGAUUUUGUGUCUCAUGUCAAAGUGUCUGCAUUUUGUUGUAUUCUGCCUUCUCUGGUUUUAAGAAUGCUGUGACUUCCUAAAAAAGCACUGAUCCCCCUACAAUUUUCGAUGAGUAUUAUAUCAAUUGCUAAUAUUCAAUAUAAGACUUAAUAAUAAAUCACUGAAUACAAUUGUGAA